UCCCACCCUACCAAACACACGACAGCAGUCAACAAACAUUGACAGUCACCACAUCAGGGUUGUCACGAGGUAGCAAAUAUAAUAUGAAUGAUACGUUUCUCAAUUUGCAUAGAAAUUCGUAAGCUUACAGAUACGCCGGGGAUCUGAAAGUUAACAGCUUAAUUCAGAAUUCUACCGUACUCUGUAUGCAGUUUUAAAAAGAUAGGAAGAGUAUCAAUCGGAGUCUUUUAGAGGAGGAGGAGGAGUCAUUACACGAGACAAAGCCAUCGAAGGCCACUCAGGAUACUAGUAGGAAUUGAGGAUCAGCGGUGCAGACAACAUCAUGGCUCCAAAUGCGACAUCGUCUUUCAUCAUCCGGUUCUACGACCCGGAAAUUCGUGCACCGGACACAAAGGACCGUGAUCUUGACGAUAUAUUGGAGCAGAGCGAUCAAUGGUUUGAAGCAUGCCAUGACUACGUUCAGAUUCUGUUUCCACUCCCGGAAGAAUCCAUGUUCAACUAUUUCGCUCCAACAAUUGAGCGAGACACUUUUGAUGGGUUUCGCAGUCGCCCCGAGCUACGUGCGGAGAUGAGAAAGGCGUUCACGAGGAUGCUUGCAUUCUAUGGCUUCGAACUACACAUUGCCUCAAGGGCAGAAUCUGGGCCCCAUGAUUCUAUCACAACGAAAGUCACUGAGCAACCUGAUAACACAGCAGACAAUCAGAAGCAUGAAAAGACAGAAGUCGUCUCCGACACCAAAACCAACACCAACGACGAGGAUAUCACGAUCGUGAAGGCCCCGACAUCCGCGCGUCGAUUCCAGAACUGGGUCAUGCGAUUCAACCACAACCAUCUCCGGAUCACGCGCAUACUACGCAGUCUACGAGUACUGGGUCUCACGAAAGAAGCUGACGCAUUCUUCGCGGCCCUGGAAAGCGUACAGGCUGAGCGCGGAAAGUUUAGUGAUACUAGUCUGAAGUACUGGCGCCGCGCUGUCGAGCAACCUCUAUGGGUCGCCCCAGAUGGCGAGAAAAUCGGAUGGCUUCAAGGUCUUGAGGACGAAUCACAAUGAGGCUUCACUACUCGGAAAGGUGUGCUCGGGCUUCGCUGGGUUUUCACAGCUGCAAAGACUAGCCUGGAGCGAAGAAUACGGAGUAGUGGUGAUAGGACGUAGUGUUUAGAUGGUAUAGCAGAGCAGUCUACGGUGGUGAUCAUUACUGCCAGCCUUAUUUGAGGCACGAAAAGAUAUUCGAGGAUUUUGCACCUACCAAAAGAUAUAGAAGGGUAUACACCCCCAUGAAAGAGCCUCAGCAGGCCUAUACUAUCAAAUCUUGACAAAACGCCACAAGCACGUGUGUUUACAUUUGCUCCUGUAGUAAUAUCCUGAGAACGCUAGCUACGCAAAUAAAUAGGGGUAGUCUCGCUAUGUAGCCACAACAGCAACCACAUCCUCCAC